GCACUAUACAGUCUCAAAAUAAUUGUUUACACAGAUUGGUGUCAAGCAAGAAGCAUCACAACACCUCUCCUUAAAAUGAAUACAGCAGAAUUAGACUUAAACCUAGCAAGGUUUUACGUCGAAGCGAGAACGAAAAAAGGUGAAGAAUACAGUCGCUCAGCACUUCUUGGUUUUCGGAAUUUAAUUGAAAGAUACCUAAACAACAAUGGCCGUACAGUGAAAAUUUCAAGGAACCAAGUGUUUCAAAAGAGUAACAAAAUUCUGGACGCGAAGCUACGAAUCAACCGCCGCGCCGGCGAGGAAAACGUUCAACAUAAACCAGUUAUCGUACCUUCAGACCUCGCAAAGAUAAGAGCCAGCCCUUUCCUCAGUGUCACAAAUCCAGCCGGAUUGCUAAGGAGAACGUGGUUUUACGUUUCUCUGUACUGGUGCAGGCGUGGAAGGGAGUAACAGCGAGAUCUUAGCCGCGACAGUUUCAAAUUCACCAAAGAUGCAAACGGCCGCGAGUACGCAGUUAUGACCCACGAAGAAGCUAUAAAAAACCAUCCUGGUGGUGAAACCAGCAAGCCCUUAGCUGAACGAGAAACAAGGCUUUGCAGCACUGGAGCUGACGAUGAUGCGUUUGCCAGUCUCAAAUUGUACGUGUCCAAGUUGAAUCCCUCCUGCCCAGCGUUCUUUCAAAAACCAAAAGCCAGAUUCACCACAGAAGACAUCGUGUGGUAUGAAAACAGCCCACUUGGCGUAAACAAGCUGGGAGAAAUGAUGACGAUCAUAUCCAAAGGAGCGAAUCUCUCUCAAGUGUACACCAAUGAUUCCGUCCGGGCUUCAGCAAUAACCGUGCUUUCAGAUGCGAAUGUACCCGACCGCCAUAUAAUGUUCGUCUCCGGGCAUAGCAGCGAGCAAAGCAUCUCACACUACAGCGCCAGGCCAUCGGCACCUCAGCUGGAAAGUGUAUCCGACACAAUCUUCAAUGCUCUUCAGUACAACCAAACUCAAAGCACACAAAUUUCUACCGUUUCCAGCACUCCAUCAGCUACACCAUUAAUUGAAAGCUCGAAUCGCAUGGCUUCCAGUGUGUCAAUGUCGUCCGCAUCAGCAAGCUUCCCGAGCGGUUUUUUCAACAACUGUAAUAUUCAAGGCGGUGUGCAAGUGUUCUUCGGGCUUCAGAGCCGCUCUGAUGAGCAAAACUGA